AUGCAGGCCACUGUAAUAAGUGUCCAGAAGAUCAACAAUCAAACAAGGAUGGAAAUCAAUGCAUUCCCAAGUUAGUGACCUUCCUUUCCUACGAAGAACCCUUGGGCAUCCUUCUAACUUUCUUCACACUUACCUCGACCCUCAUCACAAGCGCAGUUCUGGGAAUCUUCAUUAAAUACUUAGAAACACCACUCGUCAAAGCCAACAAUCGGGAUCUCUCCUUCGUUCUUCUCGUCUCCCUCCUGCUGUCUUUUUUAUCCUCUCUCCUCUUCAUCGGUCAGCCCCAGAAGGUGACCUGCCUUCUCCGACAAACUGCCUUCAGCAUCAUCUUCUCCGUUGCCGUCUCUUCUGUGUUGGCCAAAACUAUCACAGUGGUGGCAGCUUUCAUGGCUUCAAAGCCUGGGAGCAGGAUGAGGAAGUGGCUGGGGAAGAGCUUGGCCAACUUCACUGUCUGUUCUUGUGCCGGCAUUCAGGUGGGCAUCUGCACUCUCUGGCUGGGCGUCUCUCCCCCCUUCCCAGACUCUGACAUGAGCUCCCAGCCUGGGCAGAUCGUCCUGCAAUGCAACGAAGGGUCUGUCGCCAUGUUUUACGCUGCCCUGGGCUACAUGGGCUUCCUGGCUGCCGUCUGCUUCACUGUGGCUUUCCUGGCCAGAAAGCUGCCUGGGGCCUUCAACGAAGCCAAGCUGAUCACCUUCAGCAUGUUGGUGUUCUGCAGCGUUUGGGUGUCCUUUGUGCCCACCUACCUGAGCACCAAGGGGAAGGACAUGGUUGCCGUGCAGAUCUUCUCCAUCUUGGCCUCCAGUGUGGGCUUGCUGGGCUGCAUCUUUCUUCCCAAAUGCUACAUUAUUAUACUGAGGCCUCAUCUGAAUACAAAGGAGCAACUAAUGAUGAAACGUAAAGAUGGCAUUUAA